AUGCUCAGGGUCGUUAACCUCCGCUCCCUCCCCGGCUCCGGAGAUUGGCAUUUCUCCAGCAUUGCUGCACCCCCAGCAAAGCGUGGCCGUCCAAGUUCCUCGGCCCCCACCCCAGCUCCUCCUCCUCAUUCUCGGGCGGUUCCGGCAAAGCGUGGUCGCCCCAAGAAGAUCCCAAAGGUCGAAACCUCAGUCACUUUCAAGCCAAAACCUCUGGCCAAUGUGAAUGGGGAGCGUAUCCGGGCCCAAACUGAGGCCUGGCAAGAACAUUGA